AGGUGUGUGCAAGAGGCGGAGCUUUGUAGAGGCAUAGGGGGCCGUGGUCACCCCAAAAAAAAAUUAUAAGUAAAAUUACUAUAAUGCCCUGAUCAAAACUAAAAAAUUACAACAAUAUCUAAACCUAAUUCAGUUUUCUCAUUCUUCCUCUCUCUUCCAUCAGCGUCCGCGUAUCUCUCUUUUCCAUCCGCGUAUCUCUCCAUUUUGCUUACAAGUUACAACAUUCCUCUCUCCCUCCUCCAGAAUCAGAUUCACAACGACAAACGCGGCCGCCUCUGCCAGACUACGAAUCGCUCUUCUGCUCGCUGAGGGUCUGCGGCCGCCUUUGCCUGACUGCCUCCGUGGCGGUGGCUAUUCGUCGCUCUUGCCUCUCUGUUCACCACUCUAUUUUUUUCAACAACGAUGGGUGGAGGUGCUCACGCUUUGAAGAGAAUCCCUCGCAUCAAGUUCCCCAACAGGCACCAUAAAUCCUCUGGUUCUACCUCUGAGACUCAUGUUUCGCCGUCAACAAGCGGUGGUAGUUUAUCAUUCUUUUCAAGUUCAAAAGCUUCAACAACGACUACAUUAGGAGGAAAGGCCUCUCUUCAGCCCAAAAGAACUCCAGUGACCAACGAAGAGAUUGAGGCAGUUUUGUUGGGUGGCUGCUUCUAAUCGAUUGUUCUGAAAACAAACUACAUGAAUAAUUUUUCUGCGGCUCUGAUUCAUCAAAGUUCACCUACGGGUCCUUUUUCAUUUUGUUACUUGGGUGUUACUAUGUUUUAAACAAAUUAUUGAUUUGAUUGUCUGUCAAUAAUGCAAUCCAAUCAGGAUUGAAAUUGGAGACUAUAUUAUCUACCAAUUUAAUCGUUACUUCUCUUAUUAACCAAUUUAUCUAGACAUAACUUGUAUUA